GGACCCUCCGCGCAGCCCCCGGCCCACUUCCAGCCCGGGAAGUACUUCCCGUCACCGCUGCCCAUGGCUUCGCACACAGCCAGCAGCCGUCUGAUGGGAAAUUCUCCAGCUUCAUCGUUCAUGAGCAGCUUCCUCACCAGCAGCCUGGGCUCAGCUGCCUCUGCGCACCCCAGCGGCCCCACCUCUGCCCCCUCCGAGCAGGCCUACCGUGGCUCCCACCCGGCCCCCUCCCAGAUUUGGUUCUCCCACUCCCAUGAAGCUCCAGGGUACCCCAGAUUUUCUGGGAGUCUGGCAUCCACCUUCCUACCCAUGAGCCACUUGGAUCACCAUGGAAACAGCAAUGUCCUCUACGGGCAGCAUCGUUUCUAUGGAGCCCAAAAAGAUAACUUUUACCUGCGCAACCUGCCCCCACAGCCCACGCUCCUACCCGCCAACCACAACUUUCCCGGCAUGGCCCGAGCCGCCCCUGGUCACCCCGUCGGCUCCUGCAGCCGUGAGCGGGGCGAGGCUGGCCCCUUGCCGAAGGGCUCCAAGGAGUUUGACCGCUUCCUCAUGGGCAAAGAGCUGGGCAAAGAGAAGACUGGCAAGGUGGCUGAGGCUAAGGAGCGGCCGGCAGCGGAGGAGGACAGCAGCAAGGAGCGGCACAGGCUGGUGUUGCCCAUACCAGCUGAUGGGCACUGUCCAGACGGCACUGUGCCCCGGGCGGCCUGCGAGGGUCGUGCCAAGCACCUGGCUGCCUGUCUCCUCAACACCAAGGUGCUUAAUGGUGACAUGGGCAAGGCUGCGUUGGCCAGCUGUGCAGGGGGCAUGUUGGUACGGCCUGGUGCGGGUUCAGCAGCCCCUGGACGCUGCACCAAGGAGGUGGUGGGCCCCCCAGAGCCGGGGCCGGCCUUCAGCGAGUGCCUGGAGAGACGGCAGAUGCUCCAUCACAAGGUGUCCUACACGGUCCCCUCUGGCCUGCCUGCUGGACCACCGCCACCCCUCAGCACCGCCCCCAGCUCCUUUCCCUGCCUGCAGCUCCAUGCUGGCCCCGAUGGGCUCUGCCCACUGCAGGACAAAGCCCCCCGGGACCUGAAGGCCAAGGGGCCCACCUUCGUGCCUUCCGUGGGACACCUGGCCGACAAGAGCCGCCCUUUUCAGACUGCUGAGGCCUGCGCCGUGGCCGGUGAGGGCAAGGAUCGGCACCUGGAGGGGGCUGCUGACCACGUCCCACCCUAUGGAGUCACCUAUGCCCAUCUGAAGGCUGAGGGCAAGGGCGAGCGGCGGACGGGUGGCUUCGAGGCAGCCCUGAACCCCAGGCUCAAAAGUCUGGAGUACCUCACCAGCGCAGGCCCCGAGGCCCCCUUCCCCGGCCUCCCCAAAGGCAGUCUGGACAAAAAUGGCUACUUUGAGCUGCCCACACCCACACAGGAGUGUGUCCACCUGAGUCACCAGGACCCACUGGGUGGGAAGAUCAGCCAGGUCUGCUGCACUUUAGACAAAGCUGCCAGCAAGGAGGCCUCUUUGGGCGCCCCCGCGGUCCAGAAGGUGGCCCGCAUUCGGCACCAGCAACACAUGGUGGUUCCAGAGGGAGACCCAGGAUGCAGCGGGGCCGAGGGCAAGCGCAAGUCGCUGGAGUUGGCAGCACUGGGCUACGGAGGGCCCCACCUGCCGCCGUGGAGCGUGCAGGCCAGCCAGGGGGCUACCAUGACCAUUGGCGAGGAACGCAAGGGCAGCGCCUACCUGGACCCAUUCAGCAGCAGCCUGCAGCCGGCAGCCCUUCUGCCCCAAGAGCUGCCCACGUCACAGGAUGAGGUCUCGGCCAUGAAGAACUUGCUCAAGUACAGCAGCCAGGCUCUGGUCGUGGGUCAGAAGGCACCUUUUGUGGGUCUGGGCGGCCUUAAGGCCAGCUGUGUCCAGCAGGAAGCCAAGUUCUCUGCUCCCAAGGCUCCAGGCGAGGUGGAGCGGCCCGACUGUGCCCGCAGCCGUGAGCACGACACCCCACAUGGUGACGGGGAGGUGCGGCAGCCUCCUGUCGGCAUUGCUGUAGCUGUGGCUCGGCAGAAGGACACGGUAAACCGGCCCGAGAACAUCUAUAGUACCAGCUCCGGACGGCAGGGCCGGGCAGCCCCUGCCUUCAAGGCUGGUGGUGGUCCCCGCUCCAUGCAUAUGCUGGGCCUCGAGGCUGAGGAGGACCGCUCUCGCCUGUGUGAGGACCGCCUGGGGCUGGCCAGCCGAGAGCUUUUGCUUCAGGACAGCAAGGAGCUGGUGGAGUUUGCCCGGACGCACCCAUCAGGCAGCUGCCCUGGAGACCUGGGCCCACAUCUCAUGAUCACCGGCAGUUCCUCCCUGCAGAACAGCCAGCUGGGCGGGGACCCAGCCUCCCACCCUCACCCUGCCCACCCACCCUGGCUGCCCCGCACUCGCAGUCCCUCUCUAUGGAUGGGGGGACACUCCUACGGCCUCGGGCACCCUGCUCUGCACCAGAACCUGCCGCCCGGCUUCCCUGCCUCUGUGCCCGGCCCCAUGCCUCCCGUCUUCCCCCUCUCCCAGGACACCCCCACACAGCUCGUCAUUCUGCCCUCGGAACCUGCCCCCCACACUGCCCCCCACGCACUCGCUGAAGUCAUGGAUCAGGCCUCACUGUGGCCACCCAUGUACGGGGGCCGGGGCCCCUCCUCCCACAUGCAGCACCCUGGCCAGCUCCCUGUGUACUCACGCUCCCAGUUCCUGCGGCACCAAGAGCUCUAUGCCCUGCAGCCCCCACAGCAACAGCCGCCACGGGCCUCCCAGGCCUUGGAGUUGCAACGGCAGGUCCAGUUCCAGCGGAAGCCAGAAGACCACCACCUGGAGCUGGAGGAGCCCAGCCCUGAGAAGGCCCUGAAGUCCACCCACAAGCCAGUUGCCUUAACCCCCACCGCCAAGGGCACCUCCCCACCCACCUCCUCGGGCCCCAAGCUCUCUCUCUGCUGCCACUCCCCCACCUCGCAGCCCCCUGCCACCUGCCCCACGCCACCUGCACCACCUCGGUCCAGCGCUCUGUGCACUUUAUCUAUCUGCCCUGCUGUUGGUGCGCCCGCCCACAGCCCUGGGCCCGGCUCUGUGGUGUCUGGAGCUGAGGACAAGUGCACAGAGGGCCAGCAGCCCCAGGACAGCCUCAAGGCCCUGGAGCCAGCUCUGCCCCCCGGAUACCCGUGCCCCCCGGCCUGUGUGGGUUUCUCCUCUGCCCACCCCGCUCACGUGCAUUCUGCUGACCUCUCGGACCCUGAAACUAUGCAAACCGCCACCCCCGGGGCCCACCUCGAGCCUCCGAGGACACUCCCACAGGAGCAGCCACCGUCGUGCACCCCGGCGAGUCUGGGGGAGCCGGGGCUGCUCUCGGGGACCAGGGAGACCCAGGACCUUGCUGACACUCCCAACCCCGCCGAGCGGGGACCCACCGGGGAGGCAGUGGACCCCAGCCCACUCGAGGGGCUACAAGAACUGCAGUGUGAGGCCCUCAUCGGGGGAGGGGACUCUGAAGCCCCUGGCCAGGUUCAUUCUACUCAGGGAAGGGUACAAGAGAGGACCAAGGAGGGGGGCAGGGACGAGGGAGUGCAGGGGCCCUCCCCGGGGGCUGCCCCCCAGGCCCUGGUGCCACAGGCGUGGAGCCCGGGCAUCCAGGACGAAGACCAAGAGGAAGAACUGCAGGAGAAGGGGGGGAACACAGAGGAGGACUGGUGUUCCUGCCUGGACACUGACCCCCUGCCCAGGGUGUGGCCCAGCCUGGAUGCCCUUGUGGCUGCCACCAUUGAUCUGGGAGACUUGCCCAGACUCAAUCCAGCGGACCCUCAGCCUCCGACUGUCCUGGCACCCCCCAGCACCUGCCCCCCGCCCCAACGCUCAGGGAUUCAUGGGAUUGCCCUGCUUGGUGAGCUGGCCGAACUGGAGACCCAGCGGCAGAGGAGCGAGCAAGUCAUGGGAGAAGAGGAAGAAGACGUGCUGGCCUUCAACCUGCAACAUCUGGCCACACUGGCCACAGCCUGGUCACUGGUGGAGGCCGCCAGUCUGGAAAGCCCCACCCCCACAGCCCCAGCCCCCGCUGCCCACCCCUGUCAUGGACCUGCGCUCACCCCCCGCAUGCAGAUCCUACAGCGCAAGGACACCUGGACCCCCAAAGUCAAGCCCGUGUGCCCACUCAAGGCGGCCAUGGAGCGGCUGGACACACAGGAGGUGGAGGUGCGCGUGCGGCUGGCCGAGCUGCAGCGGCGCUACAAGGAGAAGCAGCGAGAGCUGGCGCGGCUGCAGCGCAGGCACGACCACGAGAGAGAGGAGAGCUCACGGAGCCCUGCUCGGCGAGGGCCCGGCCGGCCCCGGAAGCGAAAGCAUUCCAGCUCUGUGCCCACCCUGCGCCCUGGGGGCCCACUGGCCAGGAGUGACAAGAAAGUAAAGGCGGUGCGGACAAGUCUGAGCCUGCUGUGCGCAGAGCUGCGGAGCACUGGGGAGCCCCCCGAGAAGAGGAGCCGACUGGAUCGGGGUGUCUACAUGGGCUUGCAGGCUGCCCCUGCGGAGAAGGCGCAGUGCAAGAAGAAUGGCCCCCCGGGAAAACUGGCGGCCGUGAUGGCCCACAAGGUGGCCCAGCUCAAGCCAAAGGUUAAAAGCAAGGGGCUGUCCACGGGCCUCAGCCCCUUCCGGCGGAAGGAGACCGUCUCAGGUGGGCGUAUCCGAAAGAAACUGUCUGGAGCCAAGAACACCAAGGUGUCGGGGGUGACCCGACCCCCACAGCCCGAGGGUGACGGCGUCAAGGAGGCACCUAAGUUCCUGGGUAAACCAACGGGCACUGCAGGGCACCAGGCAGGCAAUGGCUCUGACAGUGAGGACUGUGAGGGCCUUCUGGGGACUGAAACCCUGCCCAAGGAUUCGGGACUAUCGUUGCACGUGGGGGCUGGCGUAGCAGUGCUAGGAGCCUCACCCUCGUCUGUGGUCAAGAUGGAGGCCAACCAGAAGGCCAAGAAGAAGAAGGAGCGGCAGGGCCUGCUGGGGGCCUGCCGCCUGUCCAGCCCUGAGAGUGAGGUCAAGAUCAAAAGGCGGGCUGUGAAGACCAAGGUGGGCACCAAGCUGGAGCGGGCCCCUGGGCGGAGGCCGCCUGGAGCGUCCAGCAAGAAGAAAGCCAAGGGCAAGGCCAGAGGGGGCCUGCGGGCAGAGCCAGGGGCCCCUGCUGCCAGAGACGCCCUUUUCGGUCCAGCCCGGGCCUUCGCUUGCCAUGAGGAGGGCAGCAAACUGGCUAGCGAACGUCUCAAGAGAGCCACACGCAAGAACUCGGUGCUGCAGCCGGCACUGCGGCGGAAGAACGGGUCCCUGUCCAUCACUCUGUCGUCCCGCAAUGCCAAGGCCAUCCUGGGCAAGGGCAGGAAGCUGGGCAAGGUGAAAAGCAAGACCAUUGGCAAGCAGGGCAAGGGCCGGGCUGUGAGCCGACUGCUGGAGAGCUUUGCAGUGGAAGACGACUUCGAGUUUGACAACAACAGUAGUUUCUCAGAGGACGAGGAGGACGAGGAGGAGGAAGCCAGUGGCCCCCUGAGCGAAGAGCAGAGCGCGGCCCUGGCCAGCUCGUGUGUCAUCCACAAGGAGGACCUACAGGAUGGCCUCCCCGUUCUCAUCCCCAAAGAGGACAGUCUGCUGUACGCGGGCAGCGUCAGGACACUGCAGCCCCCGGACAUCUACAGCAUCGUCAUCGAGGGUGAGAGAGGCAACAGACAUAGGGUCUACUCGCUGGAGCAGCUGCUGCAGGAGGCGGUCUUGGACGUCCGACCUCAGUCCAGCCGGUACCUGCCACCCGGCACGCGGGUCUGUGCUUACUGGAGUCAGAAGUCGAGGUGCUUGUAUCCGGGCAACGUGGUCAGAGGAGCGUCCAGUGAUGAGGAAGAGGACCUGGAUUCCGUGCUGGUGGAAUUUGAUGAUGGAGAUACUGGUCACAUCGCUGUCUCCAACAUACGGCUGCUGCCACCAGACUUCAAGAUCCAGUGCACAGAGCCCUCCCCAGCCCUUCUGGUAUCCAGCAGCUGCCGGAGAAACAAGAAAGCAUCUAGUGAGGCUCCCCCAUCCAGUGAGACCCCUGCCCCACCCAGCCUGUCCCCGAAGGUGCAUGAUGGCGCCGAAGUGUCCAAGACCCCCGGGAAGAGACCCAUCAGCAAAGACAAAGCUGGCAAAGCCGACCUCCUAACCUCAGGUGCCAAACCCCCCGCCGGAGCCACGGAGCACUUCCUGAGCCGCCGCGCCAACCCCUUGUUAAGUUGGUCAGCCGUGUCGCAGACCAAGCGAAAGGCGGCGGCCGCAGUGGCAGCAAAAGGACCUGGCGCCCUACAGAACCUCUUCCAGCUCAAUGGCGGCACCAAGAAACUGCGAGCUCGAGAGGCGCUCUUCCCGGUGCACAGCGUGGCUGCGCCCGUCUUUGGCAAUGGUUUCCGGGCCGCCUCCUUCAGCAGCCUGGCCAGCUCCUACCCGCCCUUCGGAGGCGGGGCGGGGCCAGGCCUGCCUGGGGGUGUCCACAAGCUGCUGCGGGCCAAGAAGGCUGAGGCUGAGAAGGGCGGCCGGCGGCGGGCGGGUGGUGAGUUCCUGGUCAAGCUGGACCACGAGGGCGUGACCUCGCCCAAGAACAAGGCCUGCAAGGCACUGCUGAUGGGCACCAAGGAGCUGGCACCCAAGCUGGGCCGGCCCCUGCCCACCCCCAGCUACGCGCACCCAGCUCUUGUGGGCAAGGACAAGAAGGGGCGGGCACCCGUCCACCCGUUGCCCAUGGGGCUGGCCCUGCGCAAGUAUGCGGCAGGCCAAGCCGAGUAUCCAGUCCCCUGUGACAGUGACUGCCUCAGCUCCUACUCGGACGAGGACGAGGACGGCCCUGGCUUGGCAGCCGGUAUGCCCUCUCGCUUCCUCACCCGCCUGUCCGUGUCCUCAUCCUCAUCCGGCUCCUCCACCUCAUCGUCCUCCGGCUCCGUGUCCACCUCCAGCCUCUGCUCCUCCGACAACGAGGAGUCCUCCUACAGCUCGGACGAUGAGGACCCGGCCCUGCUGCUGCGGACCUGCCUCACCCACCCCGUCCCCGCCCUCCUGACCCAGCCCGAUGCCCUGCGCCCCAAGGCGGGUGGCCCCCACACGCAUGCCCAGCGCUGCUUUCUGUCCCGGUCCGCGGUGGCUGGUGGGGGCACAGGCGCCGGUCCCAGCAGCAAGUCCAAGCUCAAGCAUAAGGAGGCCCUGAGCUUCUCCAAAGCCAAAGAGCUUUCGCGGAGGCAGCGGCUGCCCUCUGUGGAAAACCGGCCAAAGAUCUCAGCCUUCCUGCCUGCCCGGCAGCUCUGGAAGUGGUCGGGGAACCCCACCCAGAGACGGGGCAUGAAGGGGAAAGCCAGGAAACUGUUCUACAAGGCCAUCGUCCGGGGCAAGGAGACCCUAUGUGUCGGAGACUGUGCUGUCUUCCUGUCGGCCGGCCGGCCCAACCUGCCCUACAUCGGCCGCAUUGAGAGCAUGUGGGAAUCCUGGGGCAGCAACAUGGUGGUCCGCGUCAAGUGGUUCUACCACCCUGAGGAGACCAAGCUGGGGAAACGACAGAGUGAUGGCAAGAAUGCACUGUACCAGUCCUGCCAUGAGGAUGAGAAUGAUGUACAGACCAUCUCCCACAAGUGUCAGGUGGUGGGCCGGGAGCAGUAUGAGCAGAUGACCCGAAGCCGAAAGGACCAGGACCAGCAGGACCUCUACUACCUGGCAGGCACUUAUGACCCCACCACCGGGCGGCUGGUGACCGCCGACGGUGUGCCCAUCUUGUGCUGA